AGGAGGAAGAGGGGGCGUCAUCGUGAUGAAGUUGGACAACCCGCGGGACUGCGGUGGGCGUGGUCACCGAGGCCUCCGCUUCCUGAUCGGCUGAACACGUGGUUCCGCGUCUGCUCCCCGACUUGUCUGUCACAGUGCGAAGCGUCUCCAGCCCUUCCUCCCCUCACUCCUUUCUUUUUAUCCUCCCAUACUACACAGCAGACCUCCUCUUCCUCCGUCUCUCCUCCUCAUCAGCCCUCUCUCUUCUCCUCGUCCUGCUGCACUUUCCCUUCUCUUUCUUUAGCGACGGCUCCCGGGACUGACAGUCUGCCAGGCCGCGGUCACUUCAGCGUGUAUCCGACCAGAGAGAGAGAGAGAGUGUGGAAGUGUGUGUGAGGGAGAGAGAGGAAAGCGUGAGCGAGUGAGUGCGUGUGCGCGCACCCGGCCGCAACCGGUCCGUCUGUGAUUAUUUCCGCCGCUAUCCCGCCGCGCUCUUUUCGGUCAUGACGCUGGAAGCGAUCCGCUACCGGGCCGGUUCUCUGCAGAUCCUCAACCAGCUGCUGCUGCCGCACCAGACCGCGUACGAUGAGGUCCGCACGGUGCAGGACGCGUACGAGGCCAUCAAGUCCAUGAAGGUGCGUGGCGCCCCGGCCAUCGCCAUCGUCGGCUGCCUCAGCCUGGCCGUGGAGCUGCGUGCAGGUGCUGGUGGCGAUGACCCUGUGACCUUCAUCAGGGAGUCUCUGUGUCACCUGACCUCAGCCAGACCCACCGCUGUCAACAUGGGCCGCGCCGCCCGCGAGCUGAUGGAGUUUGCUGAGAACGAGAGCAUGGAGAAGAACUCGGAGCAGCUCAGAGAAAGUGUAAUUGCCUGGAUCGAAGACAUGCUGGAGCGUGACGUCAAUGACAACAAAAAGAUUGGUAACUAUGGCGCCCAGCACAUCCUGUCUGGCGUCCCGAGAGACUCUGUGACCAUCCUCACACACUGCAACACGGGCUCGCUGGCCACAGCUGGAUACGGGACCGCACUGGGCGUGGUGCGAAGCCUCCAUGCACUAGGGAGGCUGAAGCGCGUGUACUGCACAGAGACGAGACCGUACAACCAGGGAUCCAGGCUGACGGCAUAUGAGGCAGUAGCAGAGGGAAUCCCCGCUACUCUCAUAACAGACAGCAUGGCAGCGCUCACCAUGAGAGAAAUGGACAUCACAGCUGUGGUGGUUGGAGCAGACAGGGUGGUUGCCAAUGGUGACACGGCCAACAAGGUGGGCACGUACCAGCUGGCUAUCGCCGCAAAGCACCAUGGGAUCCCCUUCUAUGUUGCAGCGCCCAGCACGUCGUGUGACCUGAGCCUGGAGAGUGGCAGGGACAUCAUCAUCGAAGUGCGGCCCCCUGAGGAGCUCACCAGUAUAAACGGGGUGCCCAUCGCCGCCAAGGGUAUUGAGGUGUGGAACCCGGCGUUCGACGUGACCCCUCACCAGCUCAUCACAGGAGGCAUCAUCACAGAGCUGGGAGUCUUCCUCCCCUCUGAGCUCCAGGCAGCCCUCACCGGUCGCCUCACUGCCCUCUAGAGCCCCUCAGCCCCUCCUGCUGGUCCGUGUGCACCACUGCACCUUAACGUCAGACACUCAACUCACCACAGAACACACAUGCACACACACACACAAACACACACACCAAUUGUUGCCAUUUAAUUUCAUUUUGAUAAAUGCACAGUCACUGUUACAAGUCAGUGGUGCACACAGAUGACAAAAGCUUGUUCAGUCUCUUACUCAAUCACAAAUUCACAGCAGGGAGUCGAGCAGACACAUGCAGUCUCCCCUCUCUUCUAUAUCUGUCUUUUUGUGGUCUCUUCAUCACACCUUCUUCCCAAGUUUUCCACUCUUCUUCUUCGUUUUUCAUUCUCUCAUGCCGCCUCUUUUGUCCUUCUAAAUAGCUCUGCGAAAACUAAAAGCGCUUAGCUGGACUCUCUUCCUGAAAUUCUAUUUGGCUGUUUUCAUAAAUCAUCACUGAGGUAAUUGUUCAGGGGUUCUUCAAAUAUAAACAAAAACACUUCCACAAAGGCUAAAGCAUGACAGAUUUCUUUCAAAGUAGUGACUUUGAUUAGCCGUGGUUUCUAAAACGCUGCUACCAUUUGUAAAUAUACAUGUCCUUACUGGUAAUGUGUACAUAUGUAGAAAAAUAACCCCUGCUAGUAAAAGGUACUAUUUUAACCAAAUAUGUGGUUAUUUGAAAAUUAAAU